AUGGUGAAAUCGAUUCCGAGUACCAUUCAUGGAUAUUUGUCGAACCUUUGCUAUGCAUUACACAAUUUUCUUAGUACAUCGAAACGGCAAGCACAUAUUAUCAUGUUUAUCGUUUGUAUUGCUUUACUACUUGAUAAUAUGCUGUAUAUGGUCAUUGUACCGAUUAUACCAGAUUAUUUGAAUAGAAUUGGUGAAUGGACAAAUAUGGGAAAGAAUGUAUCAAGUGGAUAUUUUGUGCAUAUCAAAAACGAGGAUGUUGCUAUUGGAAUUCUAUUUGCUUCGAAAGCAAUUGUUCAAUUAGUGAUUAAUCCGUUUAGUGGUGCACUGAUCGAUCGAAUUGGUUAUGAUGUUCCAAUGUGUAUUGGACUUGGUAUCAUUUUUGUUUCAACAAUGAUAUUUGCCUUUGGAAAUUCCUAUGCAGUUCUGUUCUUGGCGAGAAGUUUGCAAGGAAUGGGAUCAGCAUUUGCGGACACAUCGGGUUUAGGUUAUUUAAAAAUCAGAUUUCAUGCGAGAGAAAGAUUAAGAUUUGUUGCUGUUGUUUUAGCAAUGAUUGCUGAUCGAUAUCAAGACGAACGCAGUCGAAGUCGGCAGCUGGGGAUUGCCUUAGCAUUCAUAUCAUUUGGAUCCUUGGUUGCGCCACCAUUCGGAGGGUUUUUGUACGAAUUCUUUGGUAAACGUGUACCAUUCAUUAUCUUGUCUUUGAUUGCAUUAUUUGAUGGUGUACUUAUCUUUGCUAUCAUGCGUCCAACUCGAAUACAGUUUGAUUCGAAUGCACUAGAAACACGACCGAAGGGAACACCCAUUUGGCGCUUAUUGAUGGAUCCAUAUAUUAUGAUAUGUGCAGGAGCAUUGGCAAUGGCAAACGUUGGUUUAGCUUUUCUCGAACCGACUAUUUCAAUAUGGAUGCGACAAGAGAUGAAUGCGAGUGAAUGGCAAAUGGGUUUGAUUUGGCUACCUGGCUUUCUUCCACAUAUUACUGGUGUAAUCCUAACCGUUAAACUUAAUCAAUACUAUCCGAAAUAUCAAUGGGUAUUGGCAGCGAUCGGAUUAGGACUGCAAGGCAUGAUGUGUGUCAUUAUUCCAUUUUGUAAAAACUUUACCAUACUUAUGAUACCAAUUAGUGGAAUUUGUUUCGGAAAUGCGUUAGUCGAUACAGCUUUGUUACCAACACUUGCAUAUCUUGUUGAUGUUCGUCAUACAUCCGUUUAUGGAUCUGUUUAUGCUAUCGCUGAUAUUUCAUACUCGCUUGCAUAUGCCAUUGGUCCCAUCGUGGCCGGUUCCAUUGUUUACGCAACGAAUUUUCUUACAUUGAACAUUUUCAUCUUUCUUAGCAAUAUUCUGUAUGCACCAGUCCUAUAUAUCCUACGUCAUUUCUAUGCAUACAAGCCAAUGGAUCAUGCUGAGUUAAUAUCUCUCAGUCAACAAUCACUUUAUCAAAACAACUUCGAAUAUUAA